ACAUUUUAGUUUAUUCUGUGGCUACGUGACGUGCGGGCGGCUGGUUGCUGAAGAGCAAUCGUUUAUUUAAUUCAGAUUUUUUAUAAUUCUUACUGGUUUCAGCAAAUAUUUAAUUAAAUUCAUUGUUCCUUUGCUUCAUUACAAUUUACCAUGGAUGUUGAUGAGUGCCUCAAAGAAUGGGAAGAUUUAUUAAGCGAUUACAAGAGAUUGGAGACUGUGAAUAAAGAAUAUGCCACAAAACUGGAGGAAGUAGGCGAGCUCCAGGCGUCGUGCAUGAAGGAACUGAACCACCAGCGCUACCGCCUCACAGUUAUCAAUGGAGCACUAAAAAGGUUAGAGAAGAGCGGCGUGACACAGGGUGAUGAGCGCGUGGCGACGCUCGAGAAGGAGAUCAUGAAGCGGAAGGCCAUGCUGCACGAGAUCGAGGCCACGCUGCCGAAACAGAACAGCCUGUAUCUGCGCAUCAUACUCGGGAACGUCAACGUGUCCAUACUCAACAAAAAUGAUAAGUUCAAAUACAAAGAUGAAUAUGAAAAAUUCAAGCUAGUCCUGAGCGCCAUCGCCUUCUGUUUAGCUGUUCUUAAUCUCUCCAUAGACUUUAGGCCCCUCCAACUAAUACUAAUAUUCCUGCUCGUGUGGUACUACUGCACGCUAACGAUCCGGGAGUCUAUUCUCAAGGUGAACGGGUCGCGCAUCAAGGGCUGGUGGCGGCUGCACCACUUCAUCUCCACGGCCGUGUCGGGGAUCCUGCUCAUCUGGCCCCAGAACGAGCCCUGGGCGGAGUUUAGACACACGUUUAUGUGGUUCAUCGCUUAUAUUAGCGUGGUCCAGUACAUGCAGUUCCGCUACCAGCACGGCGUGCUCUACCGGCUGAAGGCGCUCGGCGCGAGGCACAACAUGGACAUCACCAUCGAGGGCUUCCACUCGUGGAUGUGGCGCGGGCUGUCGUACCUGCUGCCGUUCCUGUUCGCCGGCUACCUGUUCCAGCUGUACAACGCCUACACGCUGUACCAGCUCAGCUUUCACCCGGAGGCCACGUGGCAGGUGUCUUACUUAGCCGCGCUGUUCCUAGUGUUGCAUUGCGGGAACAUGUUGACGAUCCUGCGUACGCUGCGGUGGAAGACUCGCAGCGGGCUCAAGCUUCGCUACCGGCUGCGCGCCGCCGCCAUCCGCCUGUCGCACGAGCUGGCCGUGCUGGAGCAAAAAUGGAGACAGCAAAAACCUGAAACUAAAUCGGAGCAAGAAUGAGCUUGGCAUACAACCAUGAAUGUGAUUAAUAUUUUUAACUAUGUACUAAUAUCAAUGUUAUCUAUCUACAAAAUUAACAAUACCAAGAUAAUACCUAAUUUAUAUUUUCAUAUUUCACGACGGUGAUCUAAAUUUAUAGUAGAGGGAGUUACUUCUGUAUGAUGAAAUAUAGUUGUUUAAUAAACAUAUGAAGUUUUA